AUGACUCCAGUUUCUAAAUUCACGUCUUGGUUACGCUGGUGCUUUGGAAAUUCAGUGAUACAUUAUCAUAGUAAUUUGAAAAAUAUGAAAUACAUAAAAUUGUCUCAAACGAACGAUUUAAUGCCUACGUUAGGUUUAGGGACAUGGCAGGCACCACCAGAUGUCGUAGAAUCUGCUGUUUAUAAAGCUUUAGAUUUGGGAUACAGACAUUUAGAUACAGCGUUUAAUUAUAACAAUGAAGAAGCUAUUGGCACAGCAGUGACAAAAUGGAUUGAUGACGGGAAAGGUGCGAGAUCUGAUUUGUUUAUUACUACUAAGCUUCCACAUGUCGGCAACAGGGCAUCAGACGUGAGAAAAUUUCUGAAUUUGCAACUCGAACGGCUGCAAAUGAAUUAUGUUGACUUGUAUCUAAUUCACGUGCCCUUUGGAUUUAAAUGUGAUCCAAUAUCUCUUACUCCUACUGUCAAAGAAACUGGAGAUUAUGAAUUAGACAUGGAUACUAAUCAUGGCUUAACUUGGCAGGUCAUGGAAGAGUGUCAAAAAGAAGGACUGAUUCGAAACCUUGGCUUAUCGAAUUUUAAUGAGAAACAAACUGAAAACAUUAUAAAAAACGCUCAGCUAAAACCACAGGUUUUACAAGUCGAACUGCAUGCUUACUUUCAGCAGGUACAACUUCGCAAAUUUUGUGAAGACAAUCACAUAGUUUUAACUGCGUAUGCGCCUCUCGGUAGCCCUGGAGCAAAGACGCACUUUGUAACAAAAUAUAAAUAUAGCCCUAGUGCUUUUCCAGACUUACUCAGUUUGCCAGAAGUAAAAGGGAUUGCAGACCGCUAUGGGAAAACACCUGCACAAAUAUUGCUACAUUUUUUAGUGCAGGAACAAAUUGUGGUGAUCCCCAAAAGUACGAAUGAGCACAGACUAAAGGAAAACAUGGAUAUAUAUGAUUUUGAGUUAACACCAGAAGAAAUGGAUUCUCUGAGGAAGUUAGACAAAGGAGAAGAUGCUCGAAUUUUUAAUUUUCUGUUCUGGAAAGGAGUCGAAAAUCAUCCUGAAUAUCCUUUUAAGUUGGACCAGACUGCUGAAGUAUAG